AUGGCUAAAAAGCGUAGCGGAAAGAAUAGCCGCUUGCAGUCUGAAAACGAGGCACUUGAGAAAUUGAAAGAAGAGGUUCAACAAUUUGACUAUGAAAAAUUAACCAGUCUUGAAAAAUUCGAAGACCUGCCGCUCUCGGCCCCCACACAAAAGGGUCUACAUAGUGCUCAUUUCACCAAGAUGACCGACAUUCAAAAAGAAGCCAUUUUGCCGGCAUUGCAGAACAUAGACAUUUUAGGUGCUGCCCGAACUGGCUCGGGUAAGACGUUGGCUUUUUUGAUUCCGGUUCUUGAGAAGCUGUGGUACGAAAAGUGGACUCAACAUGAUGGCCUAGGCGCGAUUGUUAUCACUCCCACUCGUGAGCUGGCCAGCCAGAUUUUUGGCGUUUUGAAAAAAAUAGGUAAAUUCCAUGCCUUUUCGGCAGGCUUAUUGAUUGGAGGCCAUGACGUCAAGAUGGAGCGGGAUCGAGUUUCGCGGCUCAAUAUCCUGAUCUGCACUCCAGGACGUCUUCUCCAGCAUAUGGAUGAAAGCCCCGGGUUUGAUGCCACCAACCUGCAAACACUGGUUCUCGACGAGGCUGACCGUAUUUUAGAUAUGGGAUUCAAGCGUACAUUGGACGCAAUCAUUGAUAACUUGCCGCCCUCUCGUCAGUCCCUUCUGUUCUCGGCAACUCAGACCAAAUCAGUGAACGAUCUUGCUCGUUUGAGUCUUGUUUCUCCAAAGUACAUUUCAGUUGAUGAGGAACAAGCAUCUACACCGCAGUCAUUGGAGCAGUAUGUCACCAUUGUAAAGCUCGGUGACAAGCUGGACACACUUUGGUCUUUCUUGAGGAGCCAUACCAAAAACAAGAUACUUGUAUUCAUGUCGUCGUCGAAACAAGUCAGAUUUGUAUACGAGGGAUUUAGGCGUCUUCAACCGGGAAUUCCGUUGCUGCAUCUGCACGGCCGCCAGAAACAGACUGCCAGAAGCGAGAUCACUGACAAGUUUUCCCGCUCUCGGGCAUCCUGUUUGUUCUCUACCGAUGUUGUUGCCAGAGGCAUUGAUUUCCCCGAAGUGGACUGGGUUAUUCAAAUUGAUUGUCCCGAGGAUUCAGCUACUUACAUCCAUCGUGUUGGGCGGUCCGCACGUGCUGGCAAAAAGGGUCGGGCUUUGUUAUUUUUGACUUCUAGCGAAGAAGGUUUUAUUGAAAACUUGACCGCUCGCAAAAUCCCUAUUCAGACUCUGACGGUUCGUGAAGCUAAAAAGUCAAGCAUCCAACCAGACCUUCAAGCCCAGUGCUUCCAGGACCCCGAGCUUAAAUAUACUGCUCAAAAAGCGUUCAUUUCAUAUGUUCGUUCUAUCUAUUUGCAAAAGGACAAAAACGUGUUUGAUGUUGAAGCCCUUGAUCUCGAGGGCUUUGCUAAAAGCCUUGGUCUUGCUAGCGCUCCGAAUGUCAAGAUCAAGGGCGUUCCAGCCACUAAUAAUAAGAAUAAGCCUCGUGCUUUAAUGGAGCAUGCUGAGAAACCUGACCGUGUGCGUACCAAGUAUGAUCGUAUGUUUCAGCGUCAGAACCAAAAUGUGCUUUCCGAGCACUAUCAGAAACUGGCCGGAGUUAAUGACGAGUCUGAAGAAGACUUUAUGAGCAUCAAGCGCCAGGGUCAUGAGAUUGACGAAGAAAAAGUCCCACAGCUUGCCGACAACACGCCGGCAUCAAAGAGAGCUCAGAAGAAGGCGCUGUCGAAAAAGCAGACGGUCGCUUCAAAACCCGGCCCUACCAAGCUUGUGUUUGAUGAAGAAGGAAACGCCCAUCCUAUUUACGAGCUGGAGGACGAGGAAGACUUUAAGAAAGCAGGUGAUGCUGAAGCACAGCGCCAAAACUUUGUUGAAGGCGAGUCUAAAGAUAUGGAGGUCAGGGAUCUCGAUGAUAAGGGGGUGGCCAAGGAGAAGCGUCUAGAGAAAAAGCGAAGACGCAAGGAGCUUGAACGGUUGGCGAAGGAGGGCUUUGAUUCAAGCGAUGAUGAUGAGACUGAAUUCCAGGUACGUCUUCCUUCCGAAUCAGAGGCCGAGGACGAAGAGCCGAGAAAGAAAUCCCGACGCACGGAAGAGCCGAUUGAAAUUGACGAGCCCGAGACUCUGGAAGAUCUCGAAGCACUAUCUGCGAAACUGUUACGGGCUAACUAA